UUGAAGGUGGUUUAGCUAGAAAUUAAGGAAACAAUAUUUCUCAAUGGAGUGGGCUUUUGUGAAAGCCUUGCUGUGGGGUUUACUUGUAUUUCUUCAAUUUCAUGGGCACACACCUGCCUGCCUCCAGGAAGAGAGGAUCGCUCUGCUGAAAUUGAAGGCGUUUCUGCAACCAAAUAUUAUUUAUGCAAAUGAUCACCUUCUUCCGUCAUGGAUUGACGACGCAAAGAGUGAUUGUUGUGGUUGGGAGCGGGUCACGUGCAACUCCACCACCGCUCACGUGAUCAAGCUUUCCCUCUACAACUUAAACCAAGAUCCGGAUUACUAUGAAUAUCCUUAUUCCUAUGCAUAUGAAUAUAAAGAUAAGAAGCAUUGGUUGCUAAACAUGUCCCUGUUGGUGCCUUUGAAGGAGCUAACAACUCUUAAUCUAUCCGGCAAUGCAAUUGGUGGCUGCCUACCAAAUGAAGGAUUUGAAAAGCUAUCAAGCUUAAGGUAUUUGAGAUUUUUAGACCUUAGUUAUAACUACUUUAAGAAUAAUAGCAUUCUACAGUCUUUGAGUGCAAUGGCAUCGCUUGAGACUUUGAAUCUUACUCCCAAUGAGUUGCAAGGCUACUUUCCUGCUCAAGGUGGUUUUGAAAGCUUGCCAAGAUUGGAGAACCUGGAGACCUUAGAUCUUAGUUACAACAAUUUCAACAGAAGCAUCAUAGAAUUAUUGAGUGCAGCUAAAUCCCUUAAGAAUUUGAAUCUUGCUUCGAAUGGAAUUGAAGGAUUAUUUCCUGCUAAAGAAUUAUUAAGUGCAGCUAAAUCCCUUAAAAAUCUGAAUCUUGCUUCGAAUGGAAUCAAAGGAUUAUUUCCUGCUAAAAGUUUCGAAAGCUUGUCAAUAUUGGAGAAUCUGGAGACAUUAGAUCUUAGUAGCAACUAUUUCAACAGAGCAAUCUUCGAAUCAUUAACUGCAAUCAAAUCUCUUAAGAAUCUGAAUCUUGCUCAGAAUGGAAUAACAGGAUCCUUUCCUACCCAAGAAAUAUCGGCUUUGGAAAACUUGGAGAAGUUGGAUUUAAGUUACAAUCAACUCAAUGGCUCCCUAACAUUCCAAGGUUUGUCUAACUUCAGUAGGUUGGAGAUUUUAAAUCUGCAUGAAAAUUCUUUCACUGGAAGUAUUUCUCCAUAUAUCGAGGCACUAUCUUCUCUAAAGGCUAUAUCAUUAGCUUGGAAUAAACUGAAUGGCACUUUACCUAAAGAGUUGUGUGGACUGAAGAAGCUUGAAGAGUUACAUCUUUAUGGCAAUUUCUUUGAUGGAAUCCUUCCACCAUGCCUAAAUAAUUUGACGUCUCUUCGAUUGUUAGAUAUAUCUGAGAACCAAUUCGCUGGAAACAUCUCUUCAUCUCUGAUAGCCAUCCCAACAUCACUUGGGUACAUUGAUUUCAGUUAUAAUCAUUUUGAGGGUCUAUUCUCAUUCAACUUAUUUGCUAAUCACUCUAAGCUUAAGGUAAUUAUAUUGGGGAGUGAAAACAACAAGUUUGAGAUAGAAACUGAAGAUUCUGUGGUUUGGGAUGACCUCUCGUUUCAGUUAAAGAUCUUUAUACUACGCAAUUGUAGUUUGAACAAGCUCACUGGCAAUAUUCCUAAGUUUCUCUUUGACCAGCACGAAUUGGAAAUAAUUGAUCUUUCUCACAAUAAGUUGACAGGAAACUUCCCCAUGUGGUUGCUUCAAAACAAUACAGGGCUACGAGAGCUAAGUCUUCAGAAUAAUUCUUUCGUUGGUAAAUUUCAUUUGCCACCAGAUCAGCACAAGAGUAUUUUAAAGAUGGACAUCUCUGACAAUUGCUUAGAUGGGCAACUUCAAGAAAAUAUUGGAAAGAUUACUCCAUACGUAAGAUAUCUAAAGCUUUCCCGAAAUCAUUUUGAAGGAUAUCUUCCGUCCUCAAUUAGUGAGAUGAGUCAUUUAGAAGAUUUGGACUUGUCAUUUAAUAAUUUCUCGGGAGAGUUACCAGCGGAAUUUGUUGCCAAUUGCACCUCCUUGUAUUUUUUGAAGUUAUGCAAUAAUCGCUUUAACGGUGAAUUUUUCUCAAAGCACUUCAAGCUGCGAUAUUUAUCAGUUUUGAUAUUAAACAACAAUCAGUUCACAGGUACUCUACCAGCUAUACCAUUGCAAUGGAGUCUAGAUUAUUUGGAUAUUAGCAACAACAACAUGUCAGGAACAAUUCCUGGAUGGAUGGUAAACAGGACGUUUUUUUGGACUUUUGACGUGAGUAACAAUUCCUUUGAAGGUCAGAUUCCUUGUGGACAAGUAGAUUUCUUUCAAUUAUUAGACCUUUCUCAUAACUCACUUUCAGGAUCGUUACCUUCUUGCUUGAAUCUACAGGGUGUUCACCACCUACUAUUGCAAGGAAACAAACUUUCAGGACCUAUACCAAAAGCUAUUUUCAAUUCAUCGACUCUUAACACAUUGAACCUUAGAGAUAACAGCUUUUCUGGAAGCAUCCCUGUUGAAAUCGGUGCACUUUCUAACUUAAUAAUACUUUUGUUGAGAGGCAACAAUUUCAGUGGUAUAAUUCCAAAUCAGAUGUGUUGGUUAAAUAAGAUAAGAAUAAUGGAUCUUUCCAAGAACUCUCUUUCUGAGACAAUACCAAACUGCUUUCACAACAUGUCCUUUGGAAAGUUAAUUGUUGAUUAUGUUGUCUAUAAUGAAGAUCCUUCUGAGGGCUGGUAUGAACAAAUAGGUUCAACAUUCCAAAACCUUAUAAAAGGGAAUAAUGAAGGAGGUAAGAUGGAGUUAUUAUAUCGUAAAGAAAUUAACGUUGUGUUUGUAACAAAAUAUAGGUUUAACUCCUACCAUGGUAAUAUCCUUAAUUACAUGUCAGGAUUGGAUUUGUCAUGCAACAAGCUCACAGGUAGAAUCCCACCUGAACUAGGAAAUCUAUCUUCAAUUCAUGCUUUGAACUUGUCUUACAAUCAGUUGACAGGUUCCAUUCCACAAACAUUCUCAAAUUUGAACCAGUUGGAGAGUUUAGACCUUUCUCACAACAAUUUGAGUGGAGAAAUUCCUUCAGUAUUGAUUGAUCUGAACUUUCUAGCAAUAUUCACUGUGGCUUAUAACAACUUAUCGGGUAAAGUUCCAGAUUGGAAAGCACAAUUUGCAACGUUUAAUAAGAGUAGUUACGAAGGAAAUCCAUUUCUUUGCGGACAACCAAUAGAGAAUAGUUGCACCGGAGCAGACGAGUCACAUCCAUCACCAACAAAAUCUUCAAAUGCAAGUGAAGGGAAUUGGUACGAAAUAGAUCAUCAGGUCUUCUUUGCAAGUUUUACCGCAUCUUAUAUUGUUUUCUUCUUGGGUGUUGCUACUCUUCUUUAUAUUCAUCCUUAUUGGCAACAACGGUGCUUCAAUUUUAUUGAGGAUUUUAAGUACUGUUAUUAUCCUGUUUUUGAUAACUUAAAAAGAUUGUCAAACCGUCUAUAUCCUUAGAUAUAUUCAGUUUCCAUGGACAUCUUUGAUGGUAGUGAUGAUGGCUAGCGGUACAUUUGAUUAUGAAUAAUGGUUAUUGCGCUGUAAUAUGAGACAAGUUAUUCACUUGCACUUGCUUUCUUCUGUAUUGUAAUUCUCGUCACUUGAUGACGGAUAUUGUUCUUGUAGAAAUCAGCAUUAUUAUAAUUUAUUCACUUCAAUA